UGCGCGGAGAGCCUCGAGCAGCUCCGAGCGAUGAUCGGUAAGAAGUAAUGUAUGGCCAAGGAGGGAAACGCACGCGCUUACAGCAGCAGAAUACAAUGCGUAUACGUACGUUUACGUACGCGUAUACAAGUGUGUGCGUGCCGUAUAACCGAGAAGAUUCUCCAAGACGAUAAGUUAGUUUGACUGAUAAACGGCUCUCGGGCUUUAUAAAGCCGACUACAGGCGCAUCGAUACUUUCCAUUCCUCGAGCGUCGCGCGUAUAUCGUGGGUUGCUGCUGCUGCUGCUGUAUUUUAUCGAUCCCGAUUUGAUUUUUUUUUAAAUUCGUUGGGAUAUUGUGAUCGAGGAUCCAGAGAGGAGACGUGUGCCGACGAUCGACGCUAAUAAUUUCGAACGGUGUGCCCGAAUGUCGUGUGACAGUGUAUUCAUUUUCUGAUUUCUGCACUUUAUGAUUACGGAGUGAUUUCAAGAUGGCCUGUCAUCCAUAAAAAGGAUUUUGAAAAAAAAGGGCAAAAAAUUGCAAGACAAUUAAAACCUUGAACAGUAUAGUUGCAGAAGUCGGUAGUAGUUUUAGAUCCUAAGAGUUUUUUCGGGAUAUGGAAAACAAGCCACGCACGAAACAAUGGCCACAGUAUCUGGCAGCUAUAACCGCGACCAUGUCCCUGGCCGUGGCCGGCUCACACAUCGGCUGGACGUCGCCGACCCUGCCGAGCCUUCAGGAGGCCUCCUCGCACCUGCCGAUCACCUCGAACGACGCCUCGUGGAUCGCCUCGUUCUACCUGCUCGGCUCGAUUCCCGGUAACGUCGUGGCCGCCUUCAUGGUCGACUCGAUCGGUCGCAAGGCCAGCCUGCUCCUGGCCGGGCUGCCGCUCACGGUCGGCUGGCUGCUGAUCAUCUUCGCCUGGAGUCCCUACGCGCUGUACGCGUCGCGCUUCAUCAGCGGCCUGGGCCAGGGCGUCGUCUACGUCGUCUGUCCCAUGUACAUCGGCGAGAUCGCGGACAAGAACAUCCGCGGCUCGCUGGGCAGCUUCAUCAAGCUGAUGGUGACCUUCGGCGAGCUGUACGCCCACGCGAUCGGGCCCUUCGUCAGCUACGAGUGGCUGGCCUACAGCUGCAUCGUCAUACCCAUCGUGUUCCUCGCCACCUUCAUCUGGAUGCCCGAGUCCCCGUACUACCUGAUAAUCAAGAACAGAAGGCGCGACGCCGAGCGAAGCCUGACCAGCCUCAAGCGGUACAUGAGCAAGGACGACCUCGAGGAGGACAUGGACCAGAUGCAGAAGACGGUGAUACGCGACCUGAGCGAUCGCGGCCAGAUCUGGGACCUCUUCAACACCCGGGGCAAUCGUCGGGCCGUCUUCGUCUCGUUCGGCCUCCAGGUGAUACUCCAGUUCAGCGGCAUAGCCGCCAUCGAGUCGUACACCCAGCAGAUAUUCGACAACGGCAAGACCGAGUCCGAGCCGGGCCUCUCGGCGGGCGUGGCCGUCAUCGUUUUGAGCUGCAUGCAGCUGGUCGGCGGUCUCGCGGCUGCGGCGGUGGUCGACCGAGUGGGCCGAAAGCCGCUGCUGCUCAUCACCACUUUUCUCGCCGGGGUCGUGCUCAGCAUCAGCGGCACCUUCUACUACCUCAAGGACUCGCUGGGCUGGGACAUGACGGGCUACGGCUGGAUCCUCGUCACCUCGAUCAUCUGCUACGAGCUCAUCAUCGCCCUGGGCCUGAGCCCACUGCCCUACAUGAUGCUCGGCGAGCUCUUCCCGACCAACGUCAAGGGUUUCGCCGUCUCGCUGGCCAAUCUCUGGGCCUCCCUGCUGGCCUUCGUCGUGUCCAAGAUGUACCAGGUGAUCAGCGACUCGUGCGGCGUCUACGCGUCGUUCGCCUGGUUCGCCGCCACCUGCUUCGUGGGCAUCGGCUUCAUCGUGUUCGCCGUGCCCGAGACCAAGGGCAAGUCGCUGCUCGAGAUACAGGAGGAGCUCAACUGUCGCCGCGGCCGGCCCAAGAGGAAGAAGUGCAACGAGAUGCAGAUCAGCACGAUCGCGUGAACGAUUGCGCGCAUGAUUUUUGAAAGUAAAAUUUCUCUCGUGUAUUAUGUAUAGGGCCCUCCCCCGCGCGUACGUCGUUACAGAGCCGUAAGUAAGUUUUUUUUCUCAAUAGCAGUUAAGAAUCUCCAAGACGUCUAAUUAAUUGCGCUUCCCGAGUCUAUGCACGUUACGAACGAACGAUUGUAUAUUUUAUAUAAGCUGUAAGCUAUAUAUUGUAAUACGUACACUCAUUUUUAUAGCGAAACGAUAUACCCCGAUCAAUUGUAUAAAUCUGACACACUUCGUUUUUAUUGUUUCUUUUUUUUUUUUAUAUUACAUACGUUUAGUAAUUCAUGAUGUCCGAAUUGAUAUUUCAUUUUUUUCUUCUCUUGCUCGUUGCGUCGCUGCAGUAAUAGAUUGUGAUUUCUGUAUAUAUAUAUCAUCAUCGUGAGGCGAGCAAUGAAAUACAAAUCUGCGACAUCGAUCAAUGUGAGACUGAUUAUACUCUUAACGAUAAUUUUAGUAAACAAAUAAAGAAAGAAAAAAAAAGAUGCUGACAUUGCUCGGCAGUAAAAUUGUAUCC